AACAGAACAUUGAUGAAUGUAUACCAGCUGGUUCAUAUGCAAGGCUCCAUAUCCGGGAAGUUCCAAUUGGCGUGGCAAACAAGUUAAAUAUUGUAACGAAGACAAUGCCUGUGACCCUGUGUGGUCUGAUGCAGCAUGAGUCUAAAAUUUCUGUCCUCCACUUCAGCUUGAAAAAGCAUGACAGUUACACUGCUCCAAUAAAAGCUAAAGAAGAAAUGAUAUUCAAUCUUGGCUUUCGCCAGUUUGUUGCAAGGCCGAUAUUUUCUUCAGAUAGCUUUAAUGCUGACAAGCAAAAAAUGGAGAGGUUUCUUCAUGCCGGACGUUUUUCAGUAGCUUCAAUAUAUGCUCCUAUUUCAUUUCCUCCCCUUCCUUUAAUUGCCUUGAAGAUUAAAGACGACGCAACUUCUGCCACUGUUGCUGCCGUUGGCUCUUUGAGAAGUAUUGACCCAGAUAGGAUUAUUCUAAAGAAAAUUAUUUUAACCGGUUACCCUCAACGAGUAUCAAAAUUGAAAGCGACUGUAAGAUACAUGUUUCAUAGCCCAGAGGAUGUCAGAUGGUUCAAGCCUGUUGAAGUUUGGUCAAAAUGUGGUCGCCGUGGUCGCGUUAAGGAACCUGUCGGUACACAUGGGGCAAUGAAGUGUAUCUUCAAUGGAAUCCUCCAGCAGCAUGACACUGUAUGCAUGAGUUUGUUUAAACGCACAUACCCCAAGUGGCCAGAAAAGUGGUUCCCAAUGACAGAUGCUUAAGCAAGUUCAAGAGGUGGCUCUGGUCUAUGGUUUCUUCUUAAGUGUGAAGGGGGAGAAAUCAUAUUUGCUGCACAUGGGAAUGAAGCUCUGGUUCAGAAUGGGUUACUUAAGUUUUUUUUUUGUUGUUGAGGGAAAUUUUUACUUUGUUUCUUUUUCUUCCCCCAACGAUUUGUCAUAAACCAGUUUAUAAUGUAUAAUGUAGGGUAGCUCAUUUUUUGGUGCCACAAAUUCAAUCCUGUAUCACUUUAUCAAUUAGUUUCAAAUUGCACACCUUAA